GGAAACAUCUUGGAGAAAUCAGGAAACGUGAUACAGAAAUCGAUGAUCUUCAAAGAGAACUCAACUGGAGAAGAAAUGUCGUCUGCCCAGGGCUGGGAAGUUCUGCGCCACCUGUACAGGAAGCGAAUGUGACUCUGGAUCCAGACACGGCUCAUCCCCACCUCGUCCUGUCUGAGGAUUGGAAAAGUGUGAGAUGGGGUGACACACGGCAGGAUCUGCCCGACACCCCUGAGAGAUUUGACACUGAGCCCUGUGUGCUGGGCUGUGAGGGAUUCACCUCGGGGAGACAUUGCUGGGAGGAUCAAAUUUGGAGCUGUUUGAGGAGUUUGAAGAAAGAGGGAGAUGAGAAAUUGGUGUUUAACUACGGUGGGGAGAAGGAAAACCCAGGAACUGCUGGGAAACAUUACAGGAUAUUUCAUUCCGGGAAACAUCUUAACCCCUGGAGCUCAGCAUCAGCUCAUUUAUGUUAAGGGUGAAAGAUCAAGCUACAACACAUAAUGUGAAAAUUUAUUUCAUGAUGAAAUAGAAAGAUCUCCAAAAAUGUCAUGUCCAAGAAUAAUCUAGAGAUCAUGCAGCCACGAAACCACUUCAAGCCAGGGGGUGCUGCAUCCCCAGUACCCUCAUUCCAGCACUUAAAACUUAUUUUUACAGGCUCUGUGUCUGACUGAAAAUAGUUCUUAGACCAAGAGUCCUGGGCAGUGUUUGAAACCCAAACAUUGGAGCAUCAGGACAUUGAAAGUGAAAUGAAUUAAAACGGUAGAACUGAAUAUUUUUUUUCAGUGCCUGCACUUAGGUAAAUGGAGAGAGUAAAGCACAGCCAGCCUGCAAGAGCCGUGCUGCAGAACAGAAAACCUGGAAUCGUUCCCUGCUAGGAAGAAACAAGCAUGAGCUGCCACCGCUACAGAUAUUGCUUAAAUUACACUAAAACUUUCCAAUUUUUUCCAACUCUCUAAUUCUGUAGUGAAAUGGCCACACUGGGCACUGCCAUUAUUCUACCAUUUAGCCCCCCUUGUGUGUGGGAGUCUUUCCUUUGCCAACAAUGGGCUUUGGGUCAGGUCCAUUGGCUGUUACACAGAAACACCAAUUCCCCUGGGAAUGUCUGGAUGUUACCAAA